AUGUCCUCCCGGACAAACGGGACCCUGCUCGAUCCCGGGGACCCGUCGAUAUUCUUUGAACCUGACGAUGAUGAUGGGGGAGGACUGCUGCCGGAUAGGGUGAAUGCCCUCCACAGCGCGAUCAACUUUCUGAUCCUCGGGCUGGCGGUGGCUGAUCUGCUCGUCGCCCUCUUCGUCAUGCCCUACGCGGUCUAUGUACAUGUCCAAAACGGGGAAUGGUACCUCGGGAACUUGAUGUGUGACAUCUACAUGGCCAGUGAUGUCGCCUGCUCGACGGCUAGCAUUUUGCUGCUGGCAGUUAUCUCGUUCGAUCGAUACCGCGCCGUCUCACGUCCGAUACAGUACUCCAGACAGGCGCAGAAUAUCAAACGUGUCUUCGUGAUUCUGGGCAUCAUCUGGAUGAUCUCGGUGCUGGUCGCCAGCCCAAUGGUCCUCGGGAUGAACACACGGCCUGCAAACGCGAGCGAGCGAGAGUGCCGCUCUUCAAUCAUCUCAUUCGUCAUCCCAUGCGUGCUCGUGCUGUUCGUCUACAUUCGAAUUAUGGUGGCGCUGAAGCAGCGGGAGCGGGCGGCUAAGAUGAGGAGAAUCAGCCAGCUGCAACAACAUUCCACAACAAGAAAUCAAGUUGAACAAAGGCAUAUUAGCGUGUUCAGGGCAUUUCAAGAGCGCUAUUUGCAUGAAACAUGGGUUUUCAAAAAACCGUGCAAGUUGUUGUGG